AUGAGUAAAGAAGAGUUCUUGAAGAUCAAGACUUGUGUUCUGAAAGUUCAUAUACACUGUGAUGGAUGCAAGGAUAAAGUGAAGAAGAUCUUGCAGAAAAUGGAUGGGGUUUAUACAUUCAAAAUAGAAACAGAACAGGGAAAGGUGACAGUUUCAGGAGACAUAGAUCCAUCAACCCUAAUCAAGAAUCUAGCUAAGAAUGGAAAAAACGUCGAGAUAUGGCCGGAAGUCAAAACCUCCGGCAACCCUAACAAACCAAAGACCGGAAACGGAAACGGAAACGACAAGAGCAAGAAAUUAGGUGCCAAUGUUAAUAAUCAGCGCAAAACAGGGCAAACCCAGUUCAAAGGUUCGAACCGGAACCCUAAACCAGAUGAAGAUGAAUCGAUUGAUAUUGAGCAUGAGGAUGUCGAGGACAAUGAUGAUGACGAUGACGAAAACGAUGAAAUAGACGAUGAGAAAUUACCCUUGAUGGGUAAUAAUAGCAAGAAAGGUGGCGCCGGCAGCGGUCAGAAUGGAGGAAAGAAAGGUGGGUCCGGUGGAAAUGAGAACCAGGGUGGCGCCGGUAGCGGUCAGAAUGGAGGAGGAAAGAAAGGUGGGUCCGGUGGAAAUGAGAACCAGGGUGGCGCCGGUAACGGUCAGAAUGGAGGAGGAAAGAAAGGUGGGGCCGGUGGAAAUGAAAACCAGGGUGGUGCCGGCGGCGGUCAAAAUGGAGGAGGAAAGAAAGGUGGGGCCGGUGGAAAUGAGAACCAGGGUGGCGCCGGCGGCAGUAAAAAUGGAGGAGGAAAGAAAGGUGGUGUUGCCGGCGGCGGUAAAAAAGGGGAAAAGAACGGCGGCGGUGGUGGUGGUGGGGGAGAAGAAGGUAAAAAAGGUGGGUCUAAUGGUAAUAAUUAUGGAGACAAGAAAGGUGGUGGAAUGGGAAAUGAUGAUCGGAUGAAUUCUGCCGCCGGCGAAGGGCCAUAUUUUCCGGCGGGUAGGGCGGAGGUUGUGACGGCAAACGUUUAUUAUGAGCAGCAACGAGCGAAUUAUGGAAACGAGAUGUUUCAACCGCCGCCGUCGCCGGUCAACUAUAAUAUGCCCCAAUAUCAUUAUCCAUAUCCUUACCCUUAUACUUACCCAUACCCGUGUCCAUAUACGUACCCACAACCCCCACCCGACUACUAUGUGAGUUCAUUUAGUGAUGAGAACCCAUCAUCUAGUUGUAGUAUCAUGUGA